AUCACCGCUCUGAGCAUACACAGUGUUUAUGGAGAAACGUCACCUCACGUAGCGAGCAAAGCCUCUGUUUACUGCGACAGCGACUGACACUUCAUUCACAAGCUCGCCUCUACAACAACGACAUGAAUCAUAUGAGGCAUUCAGUAUGUUAGUCUAUUGGACUUGAACAAGUUGAAGACGACAUAAGAGGCUGCUGUGUCAGUCAGAGCUCUGAACCCACAGUAGGGUAAGACAUGGGGAACACAGCGACCAAGUUCCGCAAGGCUCUCAUCAAUGGGGAUGAGAUACUGGCCUGCCAAUUGUACGAGAGCAACCUGCAGUUCAAGGAGGCUCUGGAUCCCAACGCUACAUAUGGAGAGUCCUACCAGCACAACACUCCACUACACUAUGCUGCCCGGCACGCCAUGACACGCCUACUCAGGUCUUUUCUCCGAAACAAAGAUGGGAAUCCUAACAAGCGUAAUGUGCACAAUGAGACAUCACUGCACCUUCUCUGCAUGGGGCCCCAGAUCCUGACUUCAGAGGGGGCGCUGCAGCCUAGGAUUUCACGGCCAUACGAAGACGAACAGCGUCGGGCUGAGUGUCUACAAAUCAUUCUGGCAUGGACUGGAGCAAAGCUGGAUCAUGGAGAGUAUGAGACUGCUGAUAUCAACGCCACUGACAACAAGAAGAAUACCUGCCUGCACUAUGCUGCUGCCUCAGGCAUGAAGAUCUGUGUUGGGUUCCUGGUGCAGAGAGAAGCGGACCUUUUCGCAGAGAACGAAAACCGCGAGACUCCAUGUGACUGCGCAGAGAAGCAGCACCACAAGGAUCUGGCCCUGUGCCUGGAGUCGCAGAUGGUCUUCUCUCUUGCCCCCGAGGCAGAGGGUAUAGAGGCAGAGUACGCAGCCCUCGACCGAAGAGAGCUGUAUGAGGGCCUGCGACCUCAGGAUCUACGCAGACUGAAGGACAUGCUGAUAGUGGAGACAGCUGACAUGUUGCAGGCCCCACUUUUCACUGCAGAGGCACUUCUUCGUGCCAAUGACUGGGACAGGGAGAAGCUCUUAGAGGUUUGGAUGACCAAUGCGGAGGAAUGCUGUCAACGCUCAGGGGUACAGAUGCCUAACCCACCUCCAAGUGGCUACAAUGCCUGGGACACCUUGCCCUCACCACGGACGCCACGCACUACCCGCUCCUCUAUCACUUCCCCAGACCAAAUCAGCCUCAUCCCUGCCGAUGACGAGUCUUCUCUGUGUGGUAUCUGCAUGUCUUCCAUCUCCGUCUUUGAGGAACCUGUUGACAUGUCCUGUGGCCAUGAGUUCUGCAGAGCAUGCUGGGAAGGGUUUCUCAAUCUAAAGAUCCAAGAGGGUGAAGCCCACAACAUCUUCUGCCCAGCCUUCGACUGCUAUCAGCAGGUGCCUGUGGAAGUCAUAGAGAGUGUGGUCUCUCGAGAGAUGGACAGGCGCUUCCUUCAGUUUGACAUCAAGGCAUUUGUGGAGAACAAUCCAGCAAUCCGCUGGUGCCCUCAGGUGGGGUGUGAAAGGGCAGUGCGACUGAACACCCAGGGCCCUGGAGCAUCCACUGCUGACAUUCUAAGCUUUCCCCUACUUAGGGCUCCUGCUGUAGAUUGUGGCAAGGGCCACCUCUUCUGCUGGGAGUGUCAAGGUGAGGCCCAUGAACCCUGUGACUGUGAGAUCUGGAAGUUGUGGCUGCAGAAAGUCUCUGAGAUGAGACCUGAGGAAUUGGCUGGUGUGAGCGAAGCUUACGAGGAUGCAGCCAACUGUUUAUGGUUGCUCACCAACUCCAAACCUUGCGCCAACUGCAAGUCUCCAAUACAGAAAAAUGAGGGCUGCAACCACAUGCAGUGUGCUAAGUGUAAGUAUGACUUCUGCUGGAUCUGUCUGGAGGAGUGGAAAAAGCAUAGCUCAUCUACAGGAGGCUACUAUCGCUGCACCCGCUAUGAAGUCAUCCAACAGGUGGAGGAACAGUCCAAAGAGAUGACUGAAGAGGCAGAGAAGAAGCACAAGAGCUUUCAGGAACUCGACCGCUUCAUGCACUACUACACACGCUUCAAGAACCAUGAGCACAGCUAUCAGUUGGAGCAGCGCCUGUUGAAAACAGCCAAAGAGAAGAUGGAGCAGCUCAGUCGAGCCCUUAGUGGAAGGGAAGGAGGUCCACCUGACACUACAUUUAUUGAAGAUGCAGUCCUGGAGCUACUAAAGACUCGCCGCAUCCUGAAGUGCUCUUAUCCUUAUGGGUUCUUUCUGGAGCCCAAAAGCACAAAGAAAGAGAUCUACGAGCUUAUGCAGACGGACUUGGAGAUGGUGACUGAGGACUUAGCACAAAAGGUUAACCGGCCUUACCUGCGGACCCCACGCCACAAGAUCAUCCGUGCGGCAUGUCUGGUUCAACAGAAGAGACAGGAGUUCCUAGCCUCAGUAGCGAGGGGAGUGGCCCCCAAUGACUCUCCUGAUGCCCCCAGGCGCAGUUUUGCUGGUGGAACAUGGGACUGGGAAUACUUAGGCUUCGCAUCACCUGAGGAGUAUGCAGAGUUCCAGUACAGACGGAGACAUAGACAGCGGAGGCGAGGUGACAUGUCCAGUCUCCGUAGUAAUACACCUGACCCAGAUGACCCCAGCGACAGCACUUCAGACACACAGGAUGUUGGAGGUGGACGUAGACAAGGUCCUCUGAUGGGUCUUGGCUCUUUGGAUGAUGAUGACCCUAACAUCCUACUGGCCAUUCAGCUGUCACUCCAGGACUCUGGGAUGGCAGGGGGAGGAUCCACUCAUGAGGUCCUUGCCAAUGAAGCGUCACUUGGUGCUAUUGGCACAUCCCUGCCUUCUAGGCUUGAACAGAGUGCUCCAGGUGUAGAGGUCCUCUCCAGAGUUUCCCUAAGCAGCUCAGAACUGCUGGAGCUGGGAGAUAACUUGGCAAGACUUGGCAACAUCAACAUCAGCAGCCAGUACUCUACUGCUGGUGUUUCAACCUCUGUACAGCACUGUGACAGUCAUCACAGGGCUUACGGGGCCUCUGUGCCAAUACCAGUGGCUCCAGGAGGCAGCAACUCAUCAACUGGCCUCUUCUCCUCCUCCAGUGACACAAUAGACUCAACCACAUGCGGCAGCCAUGACCCAUCCUCUUCCUCUGCAUUAGCGGCAAAUGCUAACCUGCUGGGCAACAUCAUGGCUUGGUUCCACGACAUGAACCCUCAAGGUAUCACCCUGGUCCCCUCAACCUCUUCCGACACCGACACAAAUCUGGAUGCACUCCAUGGAAGCGGAGAAGGGUGCCUGCAUGAUGAAGAGAAAGCUGGGGUCGUUGUCCUCCCUGAAAACAGGAAACCUCAUGAAGUGAUGGCAGAUGUGGGGUUUUGCUCUCAGAGACUGACCGACAUGGAGGAAAAGGAGUCUGCUGUCGCAGAGAGACCGAACCAGCUCGAUCUAGUGGGGCUGGACACCAUGCCACUACCUUACAUGUCCACCCUUGACACAACUGGAGACCACGCUGAGCGGGGAGGCUCAAAGGUCUGCCAUGUCGACACUCCGCGGUGUGACUCUGUAUCUGACCAGUUGCCCAGCACUAGCUCCUCUGAGUGGGAGGAUCAAGUGCACUUGGUAUGAUCUGACUGGCAGGAAUUGGUAGGAGAUUUCUUGGAAGGCCAAAAACCACUAUAGAGUACAAAUGCAAUAGAGUUGAUAGGUGUAGCAGCUAUACAGGAAGAAUGUAUAAAGAAUGAAGAAUGUGUCACGUUGUACCUGGUUGGAAAGUGGAGGGAGAAGUAUUUAGCCUAAUAUUGCAGUCAGACCUGUUUCCUGUCUUUACUGUACUAUUAGCCCUCCCCUCCCCCCAAACAACCUGAAAAGAAAGCACUAACUGAUGGAAAGAGAUUUCAUUUUAUAACAAUUUUCAAGGAUAUAGUUCCUAAAAUUGAUUCUGUGCUGAUAGAAAUAUGAAUAAGUUUCUUUUUCUGAAAUCAAUUACACAGAAAU